AUCUAUUAUUCUUACCUGUUUCUUCAUUACAUAUUUAAUACUGUUUUCCAUAUUUAUUAUCUUUCUUAUACCUUACAACACACACACACACACACACACACAGUUUUCCUGUUAUGUACUCAAGCAGUAGGUUGAAAGACUUGAUACAGUUCACACGUCGUUUUCUAGUGCAUUCUCGUGUGAGUGUGUCUGGUGCCACAUGAGAGAAGCAGGUGUGCUGUAAGCUGACAACAGUUUUGGGAGGGUCUUCCCCUUCCGAGUGGCGUCUGCGCUUGCCUCGUUCGUCAGGUAAGUUUGCUCUUCUUUAGGGACGCUCCUCUACACCUUCCUUCUUCAGAAGUGUCUGUCUUAUGCUCAUCAAGCCACUGGUGACACAGCAGGAGGAGAAGAAGGAGAGGAGCAGGAGAAGGAGCAGGACAAGGAGGAUGAAGAAGAAGAAAAGGAAGAGGAGGAUUAAUAGCGGGAGGACCAAGAGGAAAUAGGAAAAAAGAAGAGAGAGAGAGAGAGAGAGAGAGAGAGAGAGAGAGAGAGAGAGAGAGAGAGAGAGAGAGAAAGAGAGAGAGAAUUAUGUUAGCGGUAUUUUUUUAUUUUCUCUCUUUCUCUUCCUCCUUUCCCUCUUUUUCCAACUAUUUCUCUUCCAACUCAUAUUCCAUCCUUCUCCUCCUCCUCCUCCUCUCUCUCUUCCUCAUCUUCUUCCUACUUUUUUUUCCUCUCCUCCUCCUCCUCCUUCUUUGCCUCUCUUCAUACUCAUCUUUCCUUUUCCUUCUCUUCGUCCUACUUCUCUUCCUCCUUUUCCUUCUUCUCGUCCUAUUCUUCCUCCUCUUCUUCCUCCACCUCCUACUCCUACUCCUCCUCCUUUUCCUUCUCCUCCUACUUCUCCUCCUCCUCCUCCUCCUCCUCCUCCUCCUUUUCCUUAUCCUUCUCGUCUUACUCCUGCUCCUCCUCCUCUCUCACUUCUUUCCACCUCCCCACUCUCUCUCUCUUUCUCGUUUCUGUGUGUGUGUGUGUGUGUGUGUGUGUGUGUGUGUGUGUGUGUGUGUGUGUGUGUGUGUGUGUGUGUGUGUGUGUGUGUGUGUGUGUCAGGAGGCAAAGACGCAAGGAAGUGUUUAUUGGCAUUGCAUUACACACACUGUAUCCACACUGUGCACGUAUCUGACUCUGCCUCAGUGUGUCAGGCCGAAGCUGCCACACAGACACUUAUUUUUCCUUUUUAAGGCUUCCUCUCAUUACACCGUGACAGCUACUGACUAUUAUAGAGGGACUGUUGGUAGUGAUGGUAGUGGUAGUGGUGGUGGUAGUAGUAGUAGUAGUAAUAGUAGUAUUCAUAGUAGUAGUUGUAGUAGUAGUAGUAGUAGUAGUAUUAAUGGUGGUGGUUGUAGUAGUAGUAGUAGUAGUAGUAGUAGUAAUGGUGGUGGUUGUAGUAGUAGUAGUAGUAGUAAUGAUGGUAGUAGUGCAAUAGGCACUACCUUACAUGAAAAAGAAUAGAUAUAGGAGUAGAAUUAGAAGGAAAUUAGAGACGCGUUAGAGAAUCUAACGCCAUUAUUAGAAGAAAUGUGGAAGAGGUGAACAGGACGUUGAAUUGAUAACAGCCAAGCUUAUCUAUAAACAGCCGGUUUGUUUUAUGCCCGUUCAGCUUGUUAAAGGCUUAUCUCCCAUUGGGUGGAGAUUAAAACGUCAUUCAUUUUGCUUAAUAUUAUUGGCUAUGGAAAUCUAUGACGUAUGCCUAGACACCUCUCGGACAAUCCUCAAUUCACUUUUAGCGUCAGUAGCAGCCAGACACUAUGAUAGUACAGACACAAGAGUCAUAAUAACUUUGCUUAUAAUCUUAAUCAUGUGAAUGAGUAGUAAAGAAGUGCACUGUUGUUAAGCUGUAAAGACAAUUUAUUUUUUCUAAAUAAAUCACAAAACGCCAGACGAAUUUUGAUAACCCACUUGCACAAGGAUGUUGUGAGUGAUGAAUAUUGAGAAAGAAAAUAGUCGACUCCAAUACCAAGCUACGUUCACUGACACAUCGCCGUCACAGUAGAACACAGAGGCACCUUCUGCCUCGCGCCUUCCUUCCUCCCGGAGUCUACACACCUGCACUCUUGAGGCUGCUGGCGAGAGGAAGUGUCGUCCCAAGCCCUCCACCAUGGCCGCCGCUCCGAAAGUUUGCGUCCGUCGCGCGAAGCUCAUUUUCCUGAUGGAGAACGCAGGCAAGGACGUCUUGACCUUCGUAUUGAAGCGCGGCGCGCUGAACGCCCCCGCCACGCUGCCGGGCAUGUCCCUCACUUACUACCUUGAUCAUCUCCCUCAAGGCUCGACCGCCAACUAUGGCAGGAUGAGUAACAAACAAAAGAAAGGAGCACUGAACCACACCGACCGCCGCCAAGCACAACGCUUUCCUUUAUGGGACAACUUCGACGUGACUUUACUGUACAAGUCAAUAAAGUUGACGUGCGAAGACCUGGCGAAAGAUGGCAAUCCCGAAUGGCAGGACCCGAACACUCUGGAGGGAAUGGUAACGAAAAUCAAGGAUGAGCGGAAUGAACUCUUUCAUGAAGUGAGAGAUUUCAGCGAGGCAGAGUACCAGGACAAAGUCAACAAGUUAGAACACCUCUUUAUCAGAGUCCUCGCCGCAGCCAAGACCAAAUACCGCAUUCCAGACGCAGAGGUGACACCCGUGCAGAACAACGCCCUGCAGGUCACUGAUACCUUCAGAAAAACAGGAAUGGAGAAAGGAAUUUUAAAAGAUUACUUCAGUACCAUGCACCAAGAAUUUAUGAGAGACAGUCGGACCCACCUCAAAACAUUCUAUGAUCGCCUGCAAACCUUUGAUCCUCUGUCCUUCCUUACCAACUCCCCAAAUCACUGCCAUAACAUCCAGGGCAUUUUCUGCAAGAUGUCCCUCACGGAAGAAAGAGGACACGUCCAACAGAGACGAGACAUCGACACUUGCGACGUGCUGACGGUGACGCGCCGCGCGGGACAGAAUCCCCAGCUGUCCACAUCCUCAUCGGCCACGCCGCCCACGCACGGCGCCAAGCCACAGCUCAUCUUGAUUAGGGGCGUGGCAGGAAGCGGCAAAACAACCCUGCUUACCUUCUUUGUCUCAGAGUGGCUUCAGGACCCCGACGACUGCACCAUCACACACCUGGACGAGUACGACAUCGUGCUGCGUGUCUUGUGUCGCGAUAAUGACGGCCCGUCCCUCCAGGACUUCCUCAAACGGAUCCUCCCAAAGCAUUUUGCUGUGAUGGACGAACAUCUCAUCACCCUCCUACAACAAUGCAAGGUUCUCUUCCUGAUUGACGGCCUGGACGAAUUGUCGCCAGGCACUCCAUCAGACAGCCUUGUGAAAGACAUCCUCAACACUUCGAAAUAUUCGGCAGACUUCACACUCGUCUGCACAUCGCGGCCAGAAACAGUGCAAGAUUUCCUGGCCAAAGUACCUGAUGGUGUUGAUGUGUGGAACAUGGAGAUGAAAAGUGUCAGCCAUGAAAAAAGAAUUAAUUUUGUUAUGAAGCAUUACAACAGCUUCCCAGACAACGGGAACAAGAACUCUGAGAAACUUGAAUAUCUCAUGAAACAUCUAGGCUGGAAGGAUUUCCUCGGCCUCCCCUUGAACCUCCUUUUUGUUGCAAGUCUUUUUUACAAGGAUCAAAACAACAUCAAGAUCACCACCACUCAGACCAGCCUUUACGUCACCAUACGAGACUGGUGCAUACAAAAACUGCAGGCCAGACUCAAAAAUCAUCCACAAGACUCACAGACCCGUAAGGUCCUCAUCUCCAAGGUGCUGCAGGACGUAUACGACAUGUCAUUGCAAGCUCUCCUGCAAGACCGAGUCACUCUGUCAAGCCAGGAAGAGCAGAAUCUGAUUUGUUCCUGUCUUGGGAAAGGAUUACCCAGCAAAGAAAUUAUCCCAGCGUUUUUCAAUUUUCGAGACAUCAAUGACGGGCUGGAGCAUCAUCAGAAGUACACAGCCCCACACAAGAGCCUACAGGAAUUCUACAGUGCAUCAGGAAUCGUCCACAAGCUGGUGGAGGGCUCACACUCAGCAAACAUACGACGCAUGCUUCACGACCCGAGGCCAGAACAGCUCCGGAACUUGAGGAACCUACUCCUGCAUGUUGCAGGUCUCCUCUGCCACCCUAACACACCAUUUCGUGCUCCAGCCAUACAAGAAGUGGUGGACCUGCUGGCGGAGACUGGGGUGGAAGAUUGUGAUGAUUGGCUGUCCAUGCUGGAGGACACUGAAGUGAACAGGACUGCCUUGGAUUGUGUUGUCAGACACAUUACAAGUGAUGAGGAGGAAAUGGUAACAAUAACAGACAGCACCAUCACCAGUGCUAAAGCUCUACUCCCCCUCAUCCCCUCCAAGAAGGUACUCAUAGAUCUAAGCAGGAAGGAAUCAGACGUGCAGGGGCUCAUCUUUGAACACCACAAAUACAUUGGGCUGUACCUGCACCACCAAUACAAGCAUCCAGACCAAGCCACUCUCUGUGACUCUUUGCUGCGUGCCAUGCCCAGGAGUCACCUUGGUGUGUUCACGGGUCACCUAAGUGGUGCCGGCACGCAGCUGCUGCAGGAGUGGCGGGGCCUCUGGCGACUCCACCUGACCGUGUGUGACCAAGACGCCCAAGAGGUUCUGGCCGCCAUCAGGGCCGUCCACCAGUCAGUGCCUCAACUACACUGCCUCUACCUACACGUCCCCGUGGGUGCCGUGAAGACACAGGCGUGCACCACACGGUUGCCUGACUGCCCACUGGUGAACCUCGUAUUGUCUGGUGUGGACGAGAGGCUGCUGAAGGAGGCAGCCCAGAUAGCACAGCUCCUGCAGCCCACACAGCGCCGAUACCGCAGCAUCAUGUUCCCCGGCAGCAGCAUGAAGGCAGAUGUGUGGCAGCAGUGCCUUGACGAGCUGGCCACUGCCGGCGUCAGGUUGCAGGGUGUUGGUGGUGGUAUUCAAGCACCGGACGCCAUCCCCAUCAAGGAGGAGGAGGAAAGGGAGCUGAUCACCCUUGCCAAGACCAGGAUGUUGGGUGGCUUCACAAGGUGGUCUGAAGAGGAUCUGUGGCAGCACCUGUAAUGCCCGUCUUCAUCGGUGCUGGAAGUGCAUCCACUCACAAGGCAAACAAUGGGGCUACAUUUAUCCUACUGCAUUGUGUGUGUACAAGUCUACAGUGUGGCUCUCUCUCUCUCUCUCUCUCUCUCUCUCUCUCUCUCUCUCUCUCUCUCUCUCUCUCUCUCUCUCUCCCUGAUGAUUCAAAUUAUAUUCUUAAGUUUGUUAGUAUUCUUAAGUCUCUCUCUCUCUCUCUCUCUCUCUCUCUCUCUCUCUCUCUCUCUCUCUCUCUCUCUCUCUCUCUCUCUCUCUCUCUCUCUGAUGAUUCAAAUUAUAUUUUUAAGUUUGGUAGGAUUUUUAAGUCUUGAUGUAGAGUCUCUCUCUCCCUCUCCCUCUCUCUCUCUCUCUCUCUCUCUCUCUCUCUCUCUCUCUCUCUCUCACUGUUUCUCUGUCUCCGUCUCUGUCUCUGUCUGUGUGUGUGUGUGUGUGUGUGUGUGUGUGUGUGUGUGUGUGUGUGUGUGUGUGUGUGUCUCCCUGGCGGUUGGUUCAAGUUGUAUUUGUAAGUUGGUGGUGAGUGUGAAGUGUUGGUGUGCAGUUUGUGUGAGAGUAAAGCGUAAGUUAGGAUCAAGUUAGUACAAGGUGGGGAGCAAAGUUGCGGUUAGUUUGCAAUGAUUGUUGAUGGUGCACCUGCAGUUUUCCUCGUGGCAAAGUUCACACCAGAAGUGAGUCAAGUCAGUACAAGACAAGCUUCAAUGUUCUGUCGUGAAGUCUGUGGUGACUGCUGCUAUCACUUCCCACCUGCAGUAUAUACCUUUUAGCAAAGUUUAGUUACAAGUUGUCAGUCAGCACAAGCCCAGGACUCAACAUUGUAUUCUUUAGUGGCUGAUGAUUCUUAAUUGUUCAUCUGCAGUUUGUGUUGCAGCAACGGUUGCGCCAAAACUAAGUUAGUGCGCGCCGAGGAGGCAAAAUGAUUGUCAGUGUUCCGUGUGGUGCGUGUCUUUAGGCCAAGUUUAAGUGACGGCUAAGUUAGUGCAAGAUAAGGCUGAGUAGUGUUCUGUUCUGAAGUGUGAGGCGGUUCUUGGGACCGCUUCCCAUCUGCAGUACAUCUUUUAGCAAAGUUUAAGCUGAGAAUUAAGUUAGUACAAGCGGAGGAUUCAAGUGAUUUGGUUCAGCUCACGGUGAUUCUUAAUAUUGCACCUGCUGUUUGUCUUUAGGCUAAAUUAAAUUACAACUAAGUUAUGUCAGCACAAGCUGAGGGUGAAGGCUGCUGCUGCUGCUGCUGCAUGCACUCUUCACCUCAUGAUGAUGAUGAUGAUGAUGAUGACGAUUGUGCUGUUUGUCCCAUGCAAAGAAGGUUCAGGACAAAGUUUAGUCAGUACAAGCUGAGGGUGAAGGCUGCUGCUGCAUGCACUCUUCACCUCAACUUAAUAAGGUUGAUGCUUUCUUCAUUUUUGUCUUGAGUUUCAAGUUUACUACAAGUGGUGGCAGGUUUGUCACGUUCUCGUAAGUGGAUGCACGAGUGUGAGUGUGGUGGUGGUGGUGGUGGUGGUGGUGAGAGCCGUGCAUCCCCCAGGGAAGGGGAACGUCCGUCACGUGCAACUGUGGCGAGGAGCUUCACCACAAACACUGUAUUCUCUGUACCACACAUGGCUGAUUCCCUCAUUAAAAGCUGUACUACGUGUUGUGCAACCACUUGUUUGUACCUCCUUCAGGCCUGGCUUUACUCACUACUCGGCGACUGAUUUGCUGCCAGCUCCCUGUGUGUGUGUGUGUGUGUGUGUGUGUGUGUGUGUGCAAACAAUUUCCAUGGUGGUGCAAAUGUCAACAAAGAAUGGUGUACCCAGAUGUACUUAAUAGGCAGCUUUGCCUUGGACGCCUUGUACUAACUGUGCUCCUCCGCCCACCUCUUCUCCUGUUAGGAACGUCAGUAGCAGCUAAGUAGUAGAUGAGUGGCCUUUCUUGUGGCUUUUGGUGUCUGCUUGGGUUGGUGUUGCCACCACUAUUACUACCACUACUACUACUACUCUUACUACUACUACUACUACUACUACUACUACUACUACUACUACUACUACUACUAUUAGUGAUCUGUGCACCAUUUUUUAAUUUCAUUGUUAUCAUUUUGUCUAUCUAUUUAUUUAUUUCUAUUUUAUUUUUCAUUCUUUCGUUUAACUAAAAUUGUGUUGCUUAA